AUGAAUAAGGAUAUUGAUAUCGAAAUUCAAUACCUAAAGGAACUGCUAAGUAAAUGGCCUUAUAAUUCUAAUGACCAUGAUAAAUUAAUUGAUACAUUAAGAAUUGACAGAAGUGAGAAGACAGAAGACUUACAUGAAGCUAGACGUAACAAAGCGCAAUAUUUUUCACUAUCGGUGAGAGAUAUAGUAGACUGGUUAGAAGAUUUACAAGUAAUCGAAGAUAAAAAUACUAGAAUUAAGAGUAUUCUUGAGUUUUAUAGAAUGGUUAUCCAUGAUUAUCCUACUGCACAGUAUUGGAGACGAUAUCUUGACUUCGUAUUGAAUAAUUAUAAUAAUAAACAGAAUGUAAUUAGCGAAAUUACAAUAAAAGAAUUGUUUAAGGAAGCGUUGAAUGAUACAGUACAUGAUUUCAAGAAUAGCAACGAUAUAUGGGAGAUUGUACUUACAUUCUUUAACAAUGCGCUCAAUUGUUCUGGUAGUGAAGCAGAUUUUGAUACGCUAUUAAAGUUACAUUUAAAACGUAUAUCUUAUCCACAUGAGAGUAUUAGGGAAUCAUUUUCUCAGUUAUCAAGUCUAAUUUCCAAGUAUGAUUCCAAGAACUACGAAAAACAUAUGCUAGCUGCAAACAAAGUAUUUUCAAAAACCCUCAAAUCGCAGCGUUAUUAUGAAGAAUUUGAGAUCCAAAUUCUGAAGGAUCCCAAUAAUCUAAAAGUGUGGAUUGACUACAUGGAGCUGGUGAAUAAAUAUGCAAAAGGGAUAGAAGAAGUUUCGGUUUUAUUUUAUAGAGCAAUAUCUUCUGAUGAGAACAUGUCGGUCGCUGAUCCACGAUGGCUAUCAGUUUGGCUUGCUUAUAUAUAUAUACUAUACCUGGAAGAAGUUGAUGUGAAAUCAAUAGCUCUUGAACCUGUAUUAUUCAAGUUUGUCAGGACAUAUCCAGGGUCAGCGGUCAGUUAUGCGGAGUAUAUUCGAAAUUGUCCAAUAUUUGAGAAUGGAAUUAAACUCUUCAGUGCCAUGAAAUCGCGUGCUUUGGGAUUAAAUAUAAUGCAUUCUAAUAAUUAUGAUGAUUGGAAGAUAUUAGCGUUGGCAAUACUAUCAUUUGAAUUUUCUCUUGUAAAAAGUGGUGAAAAUAUUGAUAUGGUAUCAGAUCUUUACACUGAUGCUGCUGAGUAUCUUGAUAUUGCGUUGGAAAACAAUAAUGAUGUAUUUCAUUCUGUUGAAAAGCUUGUAGUGUCCAUAUACGAAACUCUUGAUGAUCCAGAAAUGGCAAGAAAAGUUUUAAUGCAACUAAUAGAAAGUUUUGGUGAACAGUGUGAAAUAUGGUUGUAUUUAUAUGAGUUCGAAAGAAGGAAUAAUGCUGGUUAUGAAGUAAUCUCAAAAUUACUUGAACGUGCUGUAAAUAGUUCAAAAAACUUGGAUUGGCCGGAAAGAAUUAUUCAAGAGUGGUUAAGCUACGAGCAAAUCAAUGGUGACAUUCACUCAUAUGAAAGGGCAUUAAUUAAAGUUGAUAAAGUAAUUCGAGAAAUGAGCUUGAAGCGGUUGCAAAUGCAAGAAGUGCUGGAAAAUGAAUCAGCUGAAAAAGUUAAGAGAAGCAUUGACUACGAAGAAGAAGAAGAAGAAGAAGAAGAAGAAGAAAGAUCAAGCAAGCGACAAAGGCGUAAUUCAUUAAACGAAUCAACUAGAAAUAGAGAAGAGUUUUCAAUAAAAAUAUCUAAUUUGCCUCAAAAUAUAACAGAAAAGAAACUAGAGAUAUUUUUCGAAGAUUGUGGUAUUCCUAAGGAAAUUAAGUUAUUCCAAGAAGAGUCUAAAACACCGGAAGCAAUUAUAGAAUGGUCAGACAGUAAGGAAGUAUUUGCAUCUUUGACAAAAAAUAUGAAACUUAUUGAUGGCCAUGAAGUAUCUGUUGUCAGAAUGCUUGAAAGCACCCUUUGGGUUAGUAAUUUUCCACCAAGUUUCUCUCAUGAACGUGUCAAGAAAAUGUUUGACCAAAUUGGUACCGUGGUAAGUAUCCGAUUUCCUUCUCUUAAACCGAACCAAAGCCGUAGGUUCUGCUAUGUUGAAUAUGGCAGCGCUGAAUUAGCUCAUUUGGCAAUACUGAAUUAUAAAGGCAAAGAGUUAGUAGACGAGAUUUCUAACAGAAAAUAUACACUUGUGGUGGACAUAUCCAAGCCAAAUUCUAAAAAGAAUAAGGUAGAUACUACAGUUGUUGAGAGGGAAAUAUAUGUUCAGAAUUUAAAUUUUAAAUGCACUACAGAAUCAGAUCUAGAAGCAUUAUUCCAGACGGUUGGAACCAUUGAAAGUAUAAAGAUUCCUUUGAAUGAAAAAAUGAAAAAUCAAGGUAACAUUAAUAAUGGGUAUGCGUUUGUAGUAUUUAAAUCAGAGGUGGCAGCAAAAAAUGCAGUGCAACUAAAUGGAACUACUUUAAACGAUAGAAAAAUACUGGUUUCACCAUCGCAACCAAAAAAGAGCAAUAGACAUGAAAAUGAUCCUCUUGCUGUUUCUAAUCAAUUUGAAGAAUUGAAUACAAUUAGUAUAUUCAAUGUGAGUGACACCAUAAACCGUGAUCAAAUGACUGCAUUUCUUACUAAAAGAGUUGGUCCAGUUCGUCACGUUGAGGUAUUUCCGAAACAGGAGGCGGCUUUGGCUGAAUUUGAACUAGCUUCUGAUGCUGGUAAAGCUUCUAUGAUUUUAACUACUGAAGAACUUGAAGGAAGGUUACUUCAAGUUGGGCUGAAGAGUGACCUUAACAGACUACUGAGUGGAACAAACAUACCAACGAAAAAACAAAAAUUGAUGAUACCACCAGCAUUACAACGUAGAGUACGCAAAAAAUGA